AUGGCUGACCCUCUCUCCGUCGCCGGGUUGGCCUUGGCCGUGGUAUCACUAGGCCUUCAAGUCACUGGUGGCAUCACGGAUUACUUUGACUCACUGAACUCCCGCGAUCAAGACAUUUCGUCCAUAAUACAGCGGAACGACAUGCUACGCAAGACGCUGCAACUCAUCGAAUCAUCAAUCUCUCGGUUUCAGAAUGACCACAGAACAGUGACCGAGACAUUGCGACAGUUUUUAGACUCAUCUAACGAGGAACUGAAGGUUUUGGUGGCCAUGGUAGCCACGCUCAAUAUUGACGAUCAAGGCACAGGCGGUCGAAGGAACAAAGCUCGGAACAAGGGCAAAAAGCUUUUACAUCCGUUCCAUCGCCCAAAGCUCGAGCAAAUGGCGACCAAAUUGCAUCACAUUAACGCGACUCUUCAGUUGGGUCUACAAAGCCUUGGACUGCAAGUUAACCCCAGUAUCAGAUCUUUUAUGAGCCUUCCUUUUCUAAUUAGUGCCAGUUCUGUGUCGCAUUUAGGGUCUGAAAAGUUAGCCGCGCUCCAGGCGACCUCGCAGACUAUUUCAAGUGAUAUUUUAGUCGUCCAGUCCGAGGUUUCAGCCAUCAGCAUUCCCAUUCAAGGCAUACAAACCACCAUGUCCCAAUUUGAGAAUCGAUUCAACGGUCUUGAGAAUCUCCUUGAUCAGCUGCUCGUCCAAGGCUCGGCCAUCAAUGGAAGACUGCAAGAAGUAGGCAUCAGUGUACACUUAGGCUCUUGCAUAGCAAAUCCUGACGCAUGGUACAGAUCACUCCUGAAAUCGUCACUGGACGACUUCUAG